AUGAUUAAAAUUGCAGAAAAUCUAUUUUAUAAUAAGAAGAUAAUAAAAUAGGUUAAUGUUAAGAAAGUUUUUGCAAUUUUGAAGUAUAAUCAAAUUUGUUAUAAAAUUUUUACAAAUCAUAAUUUAGAAGAAUAAAUAUUACCUUUCUUUCCUUAAAAUAAUGAUCCCAUUAUUCUUAGGUAAAUAUCUAGUUUAAAUUAACAUUUAUCUUCAUCUAAGUACUAAGCUCGAGAUACAUAAUACUUAUUAUAAUUCUAUUAAAAAAUUUUAAAGGCAUUUUAUUGA